AUGGAAGUGCCUCGAACUCCUAUAGAUAAUUUAUUGAAUGUAUUAUCCAAUUUUAGUGUUGGUCACGAAAAAGCUUUGAAGCAGAGUAUUUACAAUGCAGUAGCGUUGUUCCUUCUAUGCUUAGUUUGCUUUGCUGGGUAUGGACUUUACAUGAUUUUUCAACCAUUUGUAAAACCAUUAAUAUGGGCUUUACUUUGUGGUUCGGUUCUUUUUCCAUUCAAAUUAUAUAUUACAAGUUCUGUAAAGUCUUGGUUUGCUGAAACAGAAAAUUUUUAUGAGAUAUUACUCAUAAAUUUCACAAUGGUUCCUAUAAAAAUUAUGGACACCAUUUCUGAGUGUAUUGGUUCUUUCCUCUAUGGACAUAUUAAAUAUGUAAAACUUAUCAUAAUUUCAUCUAGUUUUGCUAUUAUAAUAUAUUGGUACACUCCCAACGUUAUGACAUGUCUUAUAUGGCGCUUUGUUGAAUUGAGUAAUUCACUUUUAUAUUUAAUUGUCACCAACUGUAAUAUCUAUCUGAUCAGUACGAGUAUUAUAAGUUAUCUAAUAAUAUUGUUUUUCCACUGGAGUCAAGACAAUGCUACUUCAUUUAAUCACGCAUCUCUUGUGAUUUGGCUUAUAUUUAGCUUUUACGUAUCGAAUAUAUUAGGAACUUAUCAAAGCAUAAUAUUUUGUAUUUUACAAAUUUUAUUUAUUAUUGGUUUUAUCUAUGAGGUUGUACUUAUUGUAGAUAAUAAGGAAGUUCAAGGUACAUCUUUGACUUUCACUGAAGCUCUACAGUUGGCUUUAACUGGUAAAGAAAUUUAUAAAUCUUCUGUACAAACUGAUGAAAAACACCAUCAAGAAAAAACUUUCAUCGAUGGUACGUCAACUCCUAUCGUGGCUGAAGAUAUAAAAGUAUCACCUUCUGUACAUAGUAAAAAAAAGCAUUCAUUACAAUUUUUGAAAAGUUCAAUGUCAUUAGAUACGGAUCGCAAAGAGGAUAUUUUGUUGAAAUUUAGAUCAGAUGAUAAAUCUAAUUUUUCAACCGGCCAAACACCUAUUCAUGAACGUUAUUUUUUGCGGAAAUUUAGCAAACAUAUAAUAAAACAUGAAAAUCAUAAGGCCGAUACAAAUAAAUAUAUGUAUGGAGCAUUUUAUUUAUGUGUAGGAAUGGUAAUGUGGAAACAUAAAUGGAUAUUAACUAUACUGACUAUUCCAAUAGCUUGGUAUGUUAGUAAAAAAAUAGGAAAGUAUUUUGAAUUUUGGAGCUUUACUCAUCGCCAUAUAAAUAAGAUGAUUGAAUCAUCUAAAAUGUGGUAUUAUGAAAGGCAAAGUGCUUUGAUUCCAGCCCAUGUGAGAGGUUUAUAUAAAAUUUAUAUGAUAAUUGAUAAAAAAAUGAAGGAGAUAUUGAAACGAUCUGUAGAUGCAGUUGCAACAAUUGCUGUGAUUUUUUUUUUGUUGAUAUUUUCUGUUUGUGCUUCUAUAUUUAUAAUCAUACAAAUUUAUGCGGAGGGCAUACAUUUGAUUCAAGUAACAGGAGAAAUAAUUAAUUCGACGUUAGUUCAUAAUCCUGAUAUUGACUGGGUACCAGAACAGUGGGAAGACUCUGUUAACAGUGUUUUAGAUAAUGCUUAUACAUACGGUAGAAGUGCUAUUGCCCAUGCCGUUAAAAAUGUUGCCAAAGAUGUAGAACCAGUUAAAGCUGAAUUAAUGGAGAGAAAAGUUUUAGAAUUGUGGGAUCGCCUUUAUCAAGCUUGGAUGAUGUCACACGAUAAUUCAGAUACAAUUGGCCCAUCAGUAGAUAUUGAUGCUGCUUUUUCAGUGUGGGAAAGUUUGAAAGAAAGUUUCAUAAAAUCACCAAGCCAAAUGUUUAAUAUUAGUAGUAUCCAAAAUUUUGCUAAAGAUAAUGUCGGUAUUUUAAUGUCUGUUCUUGAUUCUGUGUGGAGCAUUAUUAGAGGAAAUUUAUCAAUAGUUUUAAGUAUUUUAACAGAACUACUUUCCGUUGUUUUCAUCAGUGGAUCUGCUGUUUUAAGUUUUAGUUUAAGCACUGUUGUAUUUUUUACCACAUUAUUCUAUCUGCUUAGUUCAAGUGGAUACACUUAUAAACCUAUUGAGUUCAUUGCAGUUUUUAGUCCCAUUAGCUUCUAUCGGUGAGUAUUUUAAUAUACCCUCUUCUAUUUUCAUAUAAUGAUAUGUUGGUAGUAGUUAGUUUUCUUUUUCACCAGUUGAAAGCAUAAAAAUGCUAGAUCAUUUACGACAAUUUUUCAGCAACAUUCACUGCUAUGAUAAGAAAUUUUCUCAUUUUUCGCGCUAAUGUUUUACGGAAUACUGUAAAUUAUCGAAGAUACACGAAUGACUCCAAAAAAUUCCGAACUCGAGAUCUUUUGUAUUUAUGGCUUGCUUUACUUCCGCGAUAAUCGAAGUGCUGAUAUUUUUUGAGAAGCAUUAAG